AUGUCGAGCAAGCAAAGUCCUCGAAAACUGAAAAACACAAAACCGGAAAAAUCAAAAAAAGACGUAAACCCCUUUAAACCAACACCAUUAUCGGUGUACCCUGGGGAAUGUGCUUCUAUCCAAAAAGCCAAGAUGAUGACAAGAAAUACAUCGGAAAAGCUGGAGGCGCAAAAUUGCAAUAGGCCCAAAAAUUACAGCACACCCGCUGAGAAGCGCUCAUACUUGGAAUUAAAGGUGACACCCGUUUUGAUGGAAGGUAUGCUGGGAUUGGCACGUGAUCAGCCCACAGAUCCAGUUUCGUAUUUAGAGGAAUACUGGCUAAAGGAACAACAUAAGUGUAACAUUAACCUGACACAGAAUUCAAUCUAGCUUAGAGAGAGAUAAAGAUUAGAAGAUCGUUUAAAAUUUCCUGUCAGAAUUUGUCAAUAAAUAUUUUUGUUUCUGGUUUAAUGAAGCAUUUCCAUAA